GACGGUGCGGGACGCUUCUUCAACAACAGCUACAACACUGCUACUGAUUCAGCCAUCUUCACAGCUAGCUAGCCAACAUAAAACCGUCACAUUGGAGCUCAUUGACCAUUUUUGGUGUAUAUUAACCUCCGUGUUUUAAACACACUAACUGCUUAUUUACUAUACUUCAUAAAAUGUCAUAUUUACGUUGUCUGUAAGAUUACUUAUUAACUUAGCCUAGUAACGUUAGUGGGCUAUUCGCUAAUGCUAACUAGCUAGCUAACAUAUUCGACCAUGAGCUUGUCCCUUGCUAAAGAAGAGCAGGUCUGCUGGACAGAGAAAGAAGCUCUCGUGAAAGAGGAGGAGGGAGAGGAGGCUGUCACAGUUAAAAAAAAUGAAGCUGUUACAUUGAAAGAAGAAGAAGCUUUCAGAGUGAAAGAGGAGGAUGUUACUGUGAAGGAAGAGGAUGACGUUUUCGGAGUGAAAGGGGAGGAAGAGGCGAUGACUGUCACAGUGAAAGAAGAGGAUGGGGAGAUCACUGUCACAUUGGAGGAGGAAGAAGAGCAGAAUGGAGAUCUGAUUAACACCAGAGAGAGACUAGACCCUUACUCUGAAAGUGGAACGUGUCCCUCCGAGGAACCAGAACCAGUGAUGUCCAAAUCAGCAAGACCACAUCACUGCUUUCAAUGUGAAAAGAGAUUUUCCUCAUCAGGUUCCCUGAAAUCACAUGAGAGAAUACACUCAGGAGAGAAGCCGUUCCAAUGCUCCCAGUGUGGAAAUAGAUUUUCCUCGUCAGGUUCCCUGAAAUCACAUGAGAGAAUACACUCAGGAGAGAAGUCAUUCCAAUGCUCCCAGUGUGGAAAGAGAUUCAUCCGGUCAUCGCAUCUUAAAUUGCAUAAGAGUGUACACACAGGAGAAAAACCAUUCCAAUGCUCCCAGUGUGGAAAUAGUUUUACCUCAUCAGAUUCCUUGAAAAGACAUAUAGGUUUACACUCUGGAGAAAAGCCUUACCACUGCUCAGACUGUGGGAAGAGAUUUAGCCGGUUAAACGGCCUGAAACGACAUGAGAGAAUACACACCGGAGAGAAGCCUUACCAAUGCUCCCAGUGUCAAAAUAGUUUUUCCCAGUCCGCAUACCUGAAAUACCAUGAAAGAACACACACAGGGGAGAAGCCUUACCAUUGCUCACAGUGCGGAAAGAAUUUCACCAUGUCAUGUAACUUGAAAACACAUGAGAGAAUACACUCAGGAGAGAAGCCCUAUCAAUGUUCCCAGUGUGGAAAGAGUUUUAACCAGCUAGGGAGCCUGAAAACACAUGAGCGAGCACACACGGGGGAGAAGCCUUACCACUGCUCCCAGUGUGGAAAGAGUUUUAAGAAAUUAGGCAAACUGAAACAGCAUGAGAAAGUACACACAAGCGUGAAGCCUUUUGGAAAUUCUCCCACUGUAGAAUAAAAUUAACAUGCGCCAACAAACUCUGUAGAGUAGCCUUUCCACUGAUCCUACUGUGGAAUGAGAUUUACCUUGUUAAUUAAGGCAACUGACAGAACAUGAAAGAAUCCACACCAGAGAGAAACAAUAUCAAUGUUUCCAGUGUGGAAAGAUAUUUACCCAGUUAGGGAACCUGAAGGACCAUGAGGUAACAAACACAGGGGAGAAGAGAACAGGGGAGACGCCUUACCACUGCUCCCAGUGUGGAACGAGAUCUAGUGCAUCACACAUACUUAGAAUUCAUGAGAGAACACAUACACAGUGUUCAAAUUUGUCUCAAAUUUGUUACAGAAAAUGUGUGCUUUUUGUUAUGCCAUAUGAAAUCUAAUUGGAUAAAGCCUACUGAAAAAGAAUUGGUGUGUUUUAAAACAAAUCCCAAGACAUGAAUUCAUGUCUUGAGUAUAGAGCACAUAUAGAGCACAUCAGAUUCCAUUUGUAUGCUUUCUGUGAUUAAAUUGUUAUUUUCAAA